CUUUAAAGCGCGUUACGUGUGCGUGGAUCUCCUCCGUGAGUUUCCGUGUGUGCGGAGGCUGUUUCGGCUGAUUGAUAGCGUUUCGAGUUUCUGUAAGAUUUGGUUUUACAGCUGAUUGUUUUAGGGAUUGGAUCAUUUGACAACAAUGUUCAGCAAUCGUGUGUCACCGAUCCUGCGGCUGGCCACGCAGGAGCAGCAAUGGCAGCAACAGAGAGGAAUGGCCACUCUCAAGGCCAUCUCAAUACGUCUCAAGUCCGUUAAGAAUAUUCAAAAGAUCACACAAUCCAUGAAGAUGGUGUCCGCGGCCAAGUACAAUCGAGCUGAGCGUGACUUGAAGCAGGCCCGUCCUCUCGGAGUCGGUACCAAGAUAUUCUACGAGCAGGCUGAGAUUCAAGCACCGCCAGAAGAGCCAAAGAAACUGGUCGUCGCGGUGACCAGCGACCGUGGUCUGUGCGGCGCUGUGCACACCGGCGUGUCACGUAAUAUCCGUGACAGUUUAUUAGCCGAUCCUAAGGAACGCGAAAACACAAAAAUCAUAUGCAUCGGCGAGAAGUCACGAUCGAUCCUGCAGCGAUUGUUUGCAAACAACAUACUCUUUGUCGCGUCCGAGGUCGGUCGUAAACCACCGACGUUUAAUGACUCGGCAAAGAUAGCCAUAGAGAUAAUGAACAGCGGUUAUUCCUUUGGCUCCGGACGUAUUGUGUACAACAAAUUCAAGUCUGUGGUGUCGUAUGGCGUAGAUGAUCUGCCGUUGUUCGACAAGAACGCGGUGACCAGCGCACCGAAACUAUCCGUGUAUGAUUCACUAGAUGAAGAGGUGAUACAGAGUUAUCUAGAAUUCUCGCUUGCUUCCUUGCUGUUUUACUCAAUGAAGGAAGGUGCAUGUAGCGAACAAUCCAGUCGUAUGACGGCUAUGGACAACGCCAGUAAAAACGCUGGCGAAAUGAUCGACAAGCUCACUCUCACAUUCAACCGUACUCGGCAGGCUGUGAUCACCAGAGAAUUGAUUGAAAUCAUCUCCGGUGCUGCCGCUCUGGAUUAAAAAAAAAUACGUCUUGGAACGUCAUUAGUUUGUCAAUUUAUAGCCGGCAAUUAGGACGAAAACGUUGGAAAAAAAGAAUGAAGAAGAUAAACAGAAAGAGGAAAGCUUAUCGUGCUGCCGAAAGAUGAAAUUUCUGAUCGACUUGGACGUUGUUCAAAUAUCAGUGAAGUUACUUUAUAAAUAUGUUGCACAUUCAUUAUUUAUAUGUGUCC